AAUGCGGACAAUGUAUGCGUUCAACGAGAUUACGGUAAGGGAGGGACAGUAUGUGUUUGUAACGCCACUCAUUGCGAUACUUUCGAUCACAUCAUUAAGACGUCGACCGGAAUUAUAACACGUUAUGAAAGCGGCAAAAGUGGUCAUCGAUUUGAAAAACAAAUCUUUAAAUUUACAAAUGAAUACAACAAUGAGUUGAGAGGCGACGGAAAGACGGUUACAAUCAAUCGGAAUAAAACCUAUCAAAAGAUUGUGGGCUUUGGGGGCGCCUUCACAGACGCGGCCGCUAUCAAUAUAUUGAGUUUAAAGCCACAGUUAUCUCAACAAAUAAUUAAUGAUUAUUAUUCACAAAAUGGUUUGUCAUAUACUAUGGGAAGAAUACCAAUAGCCGGAAGUGAUUUCUCGACCAGAGGUUACUCUUAUGAUGAUAUUGACGAUGAAGAGGAAGAAGAUCUAGAACUUAAAAAGUUUAAUCUAACCGCUGAGGACUUGCACUAUAAAAUUCCGUUAUUAAAAAUGGCAAUCAAUGUGAGACCACAUUUGCAAUUGUUUGGGAGUCCAUGGAGUGCUCCCGCGUGGAUGAAGGAUAAUCAUAACCUCACCGGUAAGGGUGGUAUUAAAGGAGUUCCGGGCGGACCCUAUUAUAAAGCUUGGGCUCAAUAUUUUGUUAAAUUUCUGGACGCAUAUAAGGAGAAUGGGAUAGAGAUUUUGAGCGCUCAAUACGUGUCGGGAAUAGGCUUUCAUUGGUAUUUGAAUGCAAUGAGUCCGCCGACAGAUUUGGACAAAACGUACGAAGAGUUCCCAAAUGUGUUUCUAUUGUCAACCGAAGCGUGUGAGGGAUCAAACCCUUUCCAAGAGGAUAAGGUAUCGCUGGGCAAUUGGGAUCGCGCAGAGACUUAUGCCUACGAUAUAAUUACCGAUUUACUACACUAUACCACGGGUUGGAUUGACUGGAAUCUAGCACUGGAUGUGAAGGGAGGUCCGAAUUGGGCCAAAAACUUUGUGGACGCGCCUAUUAUUAUCAACUCGACUGCAGAGGAAUAUUAUAAACAACCGAUGUAUUACUCUUUGGCACAUUUCACCAAAUUCUUGGCACCGGAUUCGCAACGGAUUAAUGCAACGGAAAGCGGCGCUCAAAUAUUGGACACAAUUGUAUUUGAAACGCCAGACAACGCAACGGUUCUCAUUGCACUCAAUAGACUCAAUGAUGACAUUCCUCUCAAUAUAAUUGAUCCCAAUUUGGGAACUUUUAAGACAACAGUUCCAAAGCAUUCCAUACAAACCUAUGUCUGGUAUUUGUAAUAAUUGUCACUAAAAUCAUAUUUUUAUUAUUUACGAG